AUGGAGAUUUUUUCUGAUAAUAGUAAAUACAUUAGUGAUUUGAAGAAGCUUACCUACGAAGCAGAUAAGAUUAUACAACAGCAUCAACAAUUAAUUGAACUUGAUAUUAAUUUGAACAUAAAUAGAGAGUCACUUUCGGCAUUAAGGAGAGAAUAUAUUCAAAUAAAUCAAUCAAAGAAAAAUAAUAAAGUGGUAACAUUGCAAGGAUUGGAAUAUAGUCAAUUUGAUAUAUCUAACAAGUUAUUAAAAUUAGGUGAUUUUUUUAUAAGUACUUCAAAUUAUAUAAUACAUAAAUACUUAUUAUCAGAGAAGAAAGCAAUCAGUGAUUUAAUUGAACAAGUUAGAGAAAAUAGAUACAAACAAGUUGAGAAAUUUUUAAAUCUUCAUCCAAACAUACCUGAAAGUUCAUUAAGUGAGUUAAGUUUUAUCAUUAAAGAUACUAAAAAAGAUAAAUCCAAGAUUAAUUUGGAUAAUAGUAAAAAUAAAAUUAUUUCUCAAGAUAUUAAGUUAAUACCUACUUUUAAGAUAUUUAACAAAAUUGACAACCAAAAUCUAAUAGACUUUGCUUCAAGUAAUUUCUCAAUAUUAGAAUAUUUUACUCAAAAUGAUCAAAAUAUACAAAGAAAUCAAGUCCUGAUAUAUGUAUAUAAUCAUGGAUUUCCGGAUUAUUCAAUAGAUUAUAAAAAUGAAGAAAAUCAAGUAGAAUUUCAAGUGUUGAAUAAUGAUUUUAAUCGUUCUGAUAUUUCUUAUAAAUUGGAGAUUAUUAAAGACCUAAUUCAUGAUCAUAUAAAAUUAUCUAGAUUUUGUGAAAAGAUGAGGGAUAUAUGUUUAAAUGAGAAUCAUAUAAAUAAAUUGAAAGAAAAAAGCAAAAUUGAGAAAUUUUUAUUUAUAUCAUUUAAUACAAAUGGUAUUGGUAAAUUUACUCAAAGAGGAGAAUUUUAUGAUAAAACAUUAAUAAAAGAUAUGUAUGACAUUGAGACAAUAGUAGAGUAUUUUUCUGGUGUAUUAUUUAAAAAUUCAAAAUUAAUAAUGAUUGGUUUAAGUACAGGAGCAUUUUUAACAUUUUCUUAUUCAACAAAUUAUACUAAAAGAAAUAUAAAAGAUAACAAUGAUUAUUUUAUUUCUAAUUCUAAUUUAAUUGGUAUAAUAUGUAUUGGAUGUGUAGAUGAUAUUCCAGACAGUUAUAGCUUGGAUUUUAAUAAUAAUCAACUGAAUGAAUUUAUAGAAUUGGGAUAUACAAAAAUUAACACAAAUAUACCAAUUGUUAAUAGUAAUAUAGAUUUAAUAAAAAAUGACGAUAAACUAAUUUCAAGAGAUUAUUUGGAAUCAUAUAAGAUAUUUCCAAAAUUUAACUUUUUAUUGGAAAAUAAAGAAAAAGUAAUAAAUUGUCCAAUAUUAUUAAUACAUGGUACAGAUGAUCAAUCAGUACCUUUUAAAAUGUCACUAAAUUUAUUAAAUUUGAAUAAUUACAAUCAAAAUUCUGAUAAUAUUAAUAUUAAAAAUAAUAAAUAUUUAAAAUUGGUAGAAAUUAAUAAUGGUAAUCAUUUAUUAACAAAUUCAAAACAUAUGAAAAAAGCACAGAAUGAGAUUUCAAAUUUUGUGUUUGAGAUAAUAUAA